AUGCACUAUUCGAAACUAAAGCACAGUGUUUCACAAAACGGCUUGCUUGUGGAUCAUUUAAUUCACAAAGAAAUGAAAUUGAUUGUUUCAAAUGACGAUGCGUAUUUCGUUUUUGUUGAUUACAUUUACAAGGUUUUAUUGCCAUUUUUGAGAGACCCUGAUGUUCUUCGGUGCAAAAACAAGUUGUGUAAGGAGCCUGUCCUUAGUGGACAUGACCAAACGUUGUACUCAACUCAUUUCCCUCCAUCGGGAGUUGUUCCAUUUCAUGGUUUCUCUAUGUAUGUUUCGCCUCUAUGCUAUCUCUACGACGACCCUGUUGAGUUGUAUAUUGUCUUUCGUGAGCUCUAUAUUAGAUACUUCCACAAACUUCACACCAUCACCGACAACGAAGAGAGUAUUCUUUCGCUAUGUAUUACCUUUGAAAGGAUUCUCCUCGAAAAGGAGCCUCGUCUAGUUUUGCAUCUAAUGUCGAUUGGAUCCCCACCCCUUCAAAUAGCCUUCCGAUGGCUGUUAAGGGGCUUCAGUGGGUAUCUGGCAGUCGAACAGGUCCUUCUCCUUUGGGAUCGUGUCCUGGCCUGGGACUCAAUCGAGAUUCUUGCAAGUGAGAGCCACUUUGCUAAUCUAAUGUGCAAUAACACCCUUUGCAAUGUUAAGUCGAGUGUUGACCCCAUCGACUUAAAUAUGUAUGAAAUGAUGGGGUGA